AUGGCUCCUGUAGAUGGCAUUGUUAAUGAUUCAGUGGAGAUGCCGUUCAUUAUUUCGGAUGGGAUCGGAAGCACAGCUACAGACAAGCGGAAGCUGAUCAGAAGAUAUGUCAUGCUUGGGAAGAAUCGAGGCAAGACUCGGAAAGUGAAGCGAGAGGUCUACCAGCCUUCUCAAAGUGACUUAGGCUACAAUGGCGAAGAUGCGUCGACCGGAUUAUCGAUCAACAUGCGUUAUUCACAUAUCCCCCAAAAGGUGGGAUCAGACUUAUCUUUCACACAGUUUGCAGAUUCUGUGGAGCCAUCAUUGAUCAAGGACAUCUUGAAAUGUAAUUGUCACCCCCCUAUUUGCCUUACACCGGCCGAAACGCGCACUGCUAAUACUCACUUCUAUCGCUCAAAAUCAGUCUCCUUUAUUGCUAAAAAAGUUAUUUAUCCUUUGGAAAAAUGCAUCAAUUUCGAUAAAAAAGACAACUAUGAUAGAAUGUGGUUCGAGCUCAUGACGCAAGACGCCGCAUAUCUUCAUACCGUUCUUUUCGCAUCUCAGACUUACUUCAUGCAUACGUCUGACGAGAAAAGCCCCGGGGCUGCUAAAAUUAUCAUCAUGCAUCAUUCUCGAGCACUUCAACUCCUCCGUGAGAGGUUAGCGGCCAAACAUGAAGAGGCCAAGAUAUCAGAUCCCACAAUCCUUGUUGUUUUGGCCCUUGCUGGUCAUGCCCACAUGAUUAAUGACUAUGAAACCGCAAAUAAGCAUAUUGAUGGCCUCCGAAGAAUUGUUCAUCUUCGAGGUGGUUUGUCCACUUUCAGUUACCACCCGAAACUCUCCAUAGAGCUCUUGAAGUACGCGACGCGGCAGGACCCCAAAGUGAAGUUCCAACUCAUUUGCUAA